UCACGCACCAACCUUCACAAGUGACACCGACCGAGUUUUUGUAUCGAGUUUAAAACUUCCCAAUGUCUGCAUUUUCCGGUGUAUAUAGUUUUAAUGGAGGCAACAUUCGAUGAGGCCCAAAAACAGUUCAUGUUGGGCCAGUUUAAGGUGGCAGAGAAACUAUUCACGGAUUUUGUUGAACAGUGUAAUGCGGAAGUAACUUGCGACAGCAGUGCCUCGUGGUGUGACAAAACUAAUCGAGAAAAAUUGCUGGCCCAAGCAUACAACAAUCGUGGCCAGAUAAAGUACCUACGUGUGGACUUUGACGAGGCUGUGGAGGACUACACGGCUGCCAUUAAUGUGGACGAUACCUUUGCCAUAGCGUACUACAACAGAGGACAAAUUCAUUACAGGCUAGCAAGAUUUCAAUCUGGAAUCGAUGAUUUCAAAGAAGCUUUACGGCUCUGUCCCGACUUCCCUGAUGCUGAAGUGGCCCUGAAGACGUCUCAGGAAGACUUAGAAAGAAGUCAACACCUCCUGCCAAGUCAGCAUUUAUGAUGCGGUUUCCAUGGAAACUUGCUCCAUGUAGUCCUUCAAGUGGAUAAGAUGUCGUCUUCAUGGGAGACAAGUAAAUCUGAAAGAAGACCCCCACUUCUACCAUGUGGACCCCCAAGGUAAAUGUUGUCUGGAAUAAGCCUUGGCGACUAGUACGACUAGUGUCAAAGUCACAACUAUUGAUUUCUUAGUCAAGUCCCAACGCUACUGUUCUUCAACUACUCGAUUAACACGGUUAAUCGUGCCGCCACGUCUAGGUCUACUUCAAAAAUAUUUGCGACCCCAUGCUUGGUGUCGCUCACGACUUUUCACAACAACAUUAUUUACUUACAAAACACAAUCAGUGACACAAUCCUUCAAUCCUUUAAGCAAGAAUUUGUAAUUGUUGCGCCUGCGCCAAACAAUCUGCCGCAAUGCAUCUUCAAAAUUGAAAAUUAGUCGCAACCGUGCCUAUCGGUCGUUUCUACAGCUUUUUUUAGAACUGUACCAACUGUCCAAGUUUGUAAUUACUAACGAAAAAGCUGAAGAGGGAGUGUAGGCCUAAUCUUAUACAAGUAUUCUGGUUUAUUUAUUUACUGUACUGGCGGUCAAGCAGGCCGAAAAGUACUUAUACAAGUAAAAAUAGUUCAGAUAAGUAAACAUAUAUAGAUGUUGGUGUUAUCGUUAAUUGUGUUGAGUUGUUUUUGAAUUUAUUUUUUAAUUGUUGAGUUUAUGUAUUGAUUGU